AUGUAUGUGAGUUAUCUUUUGGAAAAAGAAGGCAGCAUGUAUCCAGGAUCCGUAAGGUGCAACAGCAGCAGCAGCAGCAACAACAACAGCAACAGCAACAACAACAACCUGCCGACACAAAACUUUGCCUCCACAACACCCUACGCAGAUUACAUGGGAUACCAUCCAAUGCAAAAUAUGGACCACCGUGGACAACCUUCAGGGGCUUGGGGAGCACAUUAUGGCCUGCAAAGGGAAGACUGGAAUGCUUAUGGCCCAGCACCUUCCAACACUGUGACCACUACGCAAAUGAAUGGAUCAUCUCCUGGGCAGAUUUCCUAUAGUUCUGCUGAUUACAACUCCUUGAAUCCCGCUGGAUCAGGGGCUUUACCUUCUGUAAAUACAAUCAAUGCAGAGCAAAUCUCUCCCCACAGUCAAAGACACAGCUCUUACGAAUGGAUGAGGAAAACAGUCCAAUCCACUUCAACAGGUAAAACAAGGACAAGAGAGAAGUACCGUGUUGUUUACACAGAUCAUCAGCGAUUAGAACUAGAGAAGGAAUUUCAUUACAAUAGAUAUAUUACAAUCAGGAGAAAGUCUGAACUUGCUGCAAACCUGAGACUUUCAGAGAGACAGGUAAAAAUCUGGUUCCAGAACCGAAGAGCCAAAGAAAGAAAAUUAAUGAAGAAGAAAAUGACAAGUUUUGAUGGCAGCAGCCUUAGUUCCAUCCAGAGUGACUCAGGUUCAAUGAGUCCCAUCCCAAUGCCUGACCCACAGACUCAUUCAGAAAUGGCUGGUAGUUUAUUCCCACCACCUCCACCACCUGCUCCUCUUCCAAUGAAUGGCUUACAGCACAAUGGAAAUCUCCAGCAAGUUGUGGCAUCUCAGUAA